AUGUCCUUGCAUGCACACCACGAACACGGAGGCGGACCGGGAAAUAAUAAUGCCUGCCUUGCCACGAAUUACUGUGGCGCCUCACACGACCACUUCCCAACCCUCUCCCUCCUCAGGGACUUCCAAGCUGGGGACGUGAAGGAUUAUCCCCAUGAUUUGGAAAAGUAA